CACAGGUGAUCUCACUUUGGUCACUAUGGCCCCGGCAGGAAUCACUGUGCGUCUGGUAAAGGAUGAUACAACCAAUAAUUCUAAAGCAAAUAUUAGCCCUUAUUUGGAUCAAGACUACAACCAACUGCUCAAGAAAUGUCUGCAGGAAAAGCGCCUAUUUGAGGAUCCCUAUUUUACAGCAGAGCCCAAAUCACUGGGGUACAACAAGUUAGGACCCCGGUCUCCAGACACCAUAGACAUUAAGUGGAAAAGACCUCAGGAGAUCUGUAAUGUUCCUCAGUUCAUCUGUGAGAAUAUGAAGUGGACGGAUAUUUGCCAGGGACACCUGGGUAACUGUUGGUUUCUGGCUGCUGCAGCAUCUUUGACUGUUUACCGUCAUCUGUUGGAGCGAGUGGUUCCUCCCCAGCAGAGCUUCCAGGAGGGAUAUGCAGGAAUAUUCCAUUUUCAGUUCUGGCAGUAUGGUAAGUGGGUUGACGUUGUGAUUGAUGACCGUCUCCCUACCAAACACGGUGAACUGGUAUUCGUCAGCUCAGAGCAGAAAACUGAGUUCUGGCCCGCUCUGCUGGAAAAGGCUUAUGCCAAGUUGAAUGGAUCCUAUGAGGGCCUGGAUGGAGGCUGGGUGAAUGAAGCCUUUGUAGAUUUCACAGGGGGACUGGAUGAGAGUGUGGACCUCAAGCUUCCCCCUCCAAACCUUUUUCACAUUAUCCAGAGUGCGGUGGAAAAGAGGUCACUUAUGGGAUCUUCCAUUAAUAUUGUGAAUCCGAAUGAGAUGGAACUGACAACCCCGGAAGGAUUGGUGAAAGGUCACGCAUACUCUGUUAUUGGGGUCUCAGAGGUGGAACACAAUGAUCGCAAGAUCCCUCUGAUUCAACUACGAAAUCCAUGGGGCCAAGUGGAGUGGAACGGCCGCUGGAGUGACAACUCCCCAAUGUGGUCACUGCUGGACAAUCCGCUGAAGGAGAAACUUCAUGUGAAACGUGAAAAUGGUGAAUUCUGGAUGCAAAUGGAUGACUUUAUGCGCUAUUUUGACACUUUGGAAAUCUGCAGUCUGACACCAGACUCGGCCAACAGUGAUACCCCCAAGCCAUGGAAAGACAGCUAUUUUGAUGGCAAAUGGGUCAGAGGGCACAACGCUGGUGGCUGUCGUAACAAUCGAGCUACAUUCUGGACUAAUCCCCAGUUCCUGGUGACUCUGGAGGGAGAGGAUGAGAAGCACCCCCACACAAUCCUGGCCUCUCUUAUGCAGAAGGACAGACGGAAGGGGAGAGUGGUUGGGAGGGACUUUCUGGUUAUCGGAUUUGAGAUCUACCAGGUGCCAAAAGAGUUUGGUCAAAUCACAAAGGUAUCACAGAGAGUGAACACUGUCUCCAAUCUGAUUCCUAUGGUUCUCACACCAUAUGUAGCCAAGCGAGAUCUCACCGGCCGCUAUAAUCUACCGCCUGGGCAAUACCUGAUCAUUCCCACUACCUUCAUGCCUCAUGAAGAGGCUUCCUUCAACCUGAGAGUCUUCACUGAGACAGAGAACACAUUCAAGGAGGUUGACUGUGAGAUCAGCGCAAAGAGCAAGGUAUUUCAGGAGAGUGAGCUCCGGAUGACAAUGGAUGAAUUCACACACCAUUUCCAACGGAUUUCUGGACAGGACCAGGAGAUCAGUCCAGAGGAGUUGCAGGCGAUCUUGGUGCAAACCACAGCAAAACAUACGCACCUGAAGACAGAUGGUUUCUCCAUGGAGACCUGUGAGCAGCUUGUGAAAAUUGCAGAUCACAGGAAAAGUGGAAAACUACAGCUGAAUGACUUUAAGUAUCUCUGGAGUAAGAUUAAAGAAUGGGAGCAUAUAUUCAAAACAUAUGAUGCAGAUCGAUCUGGGACAAUGGAUGUACAGGAGCUGCGGUUGGCACUGGAAUCAGCUGGAUUCCAGCUGAAUAACAAACUGAUAGAGCUGCUAUGUCUGAAAUACGGAGAUGACCUCAGAAGAAUGGAUUUUGAUAAUUUCCUGUCCUGCAUGGCACACCUAAUGGCAGUAUUUGGGGUUUGCUAUCGCAUGGACCAAAACAAAGAUGGUGUCAUCAGCCUGAAGGAACAGCAGUGGCUUCAGAUGACUCGUCUACAAUGAAGACAGCACCCUGCAAACAAAGAACAGUACACUCCAUGGAUGGGACAGUGGCUCCGGCUCAUCAAUACGGGUUCAGGGGCCACUAAACAUUACAGUCUGUUUUAUGUAAAAGUUUUUCAAUUGGAUAUUCACAAGUGAAUGUUUCUUAUGCUCAGGAAAUAGAUGAAUAAUGUAAAUACUUUAUCAAUGCGUGUUAAUGUAAUAAAUCUUCUUUGACUAUA